GAAAGCAAGUACAUAGCUGUAUGGCGCAUAAUGUUGUAAAUGGACAAAAGCCAACUAUGGCGAGCAAUUGUGUUUUGUACAUGACGUGUAUUGUAUGCCAUUGGUUACACAAACUUGUUUUGGAAUUCAUACGGUUUUUGUCAAAGUGACAGGCCUGCUGAUGUCACAGGUCGGUCAACAGAGCAAACACAUUGCUGAUAUAAGUAAAUACGAUUUUUAAAAAUUGUCUUAAAAAUACUAUCAAAUGUUCCCCACAUUGGUCGCACACCACAUUGCUACAGACCUCAUUCUUAAGACUUUCUGUCUCCACUGAUUGUUGUUGUUCAGUAAUCUUCUUCCUCUUUUUCUUUGGGCUUCUCCCUUCAGGGGUGGCCACGGCAGAUCAUCUUCCUCCACCUCACCCUGUCCUCUGCUUCCUCUUCUCUGUUCUUCUAUAAUGACAAUUUGAUAUGCAUCUGAUGUUUAUCUCCACUUUUAGUUGCGCAGUAACAUUCCUGACCUGUGCCAUCUGGAACUGUCAAUUAUCAAAAGUCCCCCUGAGCUACAUUCACACAACAAUGAUUCACUUUGCUAACUACCGCAUCAUUGUGCUGCCCGUGCAAAGCACUGCGGCUCUCCUCUUAUACAAGGAGGGAUUAUAUGAAACCAAGACCUUGGCAAUGAAGUGCAUGAUAUGAAAUUCAUUUUUAAGGAUUCGAAUGAAAAGAGCAGACUGGAGUCAAAUUCCCCACAGCAGAUUCACAUUUCCUCCUUGGUCACGCGUCAACCUGAGUCCUCCAAAGAUAAGAGAUAGACUUUGAUAGAGGUUCCGUCAGCACAGCAUCACAGGAUCUCAGACAGAGCUCCUGCUAGAUCCCACACAUGAACUGACGUGUGCUUAUGCUUUCAUGAAAGCAUAAAAAUAAACAAUUCUUCAUCUCAUCGUUAAAGCCAAAUAUAAGUUAUAUCAAACUUUAUUUCUUUCACAGCAUAUGCCUUUAAUGGACUUUUUCUAGGCUUGUAAAACACAUUUACAUUCUUUUCUUUUUCCAUUUAUGUUACGAAACCAUUUCUAAGGUUCUGUCUCUGGUAUUGUAUAACAGACAAUUUGGGUUAAUUGAUGACACUGGACCUUAACAAAAGGCACUGUCUCUGCUGAGUCAUGUAAUCUGCAGCAAUUGUAAACAUUACUCUAUUUAUCUGUGACCUUUGGACCUGGACAUGUCGCAGUUCCAGUGUUGAUGCAAAACUUCAUAUCAUCAUAUCAGCAACAUGCAUCAGACACUACUGCACUCGAUGUCACCAAAGCCCAGUUGGAUACAAUCUGGCUUAGCUUCUUGUGCCAAUGGUGAUUUUUUUCAGAGAAGUCAGGUAACAAAGAGAGAAUGCAUGUGUUUCUCAUAGGUUCUUUUUUUUCCCUGGUGUUUUCCGCCAGUGGUGGGACUGAUUUGCAACUUGGCAUGCGUGCAAGAGUCUCUUGAGGGACUCCUUAGUGCGCUGAUGUUGCCUGAGAAGGUAUCAUAUUGAGGAGACGCAGCUGCCCAAGUCUUACUGACUCCCCUCUGCACGUCAGUGCGAUUGUCCACUGAUGGGUCAAAAGUCCAUGUAGCUUGGCUCAGGCAUUAUCUCAGAUUGACCAUGGCUCUGCCUUGUUCAUAUGAAAGCUUUUUUUAUCCAGCAAACAGAAGGCAGUACAGAUUCAGGCUUCUCCAUCCUACAGACAGACCCAAUUCCUGUCCACAACACGUGGGUAGGAGAGACUGCACUGUCCUUUCACAGCGCCGUGCAACUGCUUUCAUAGUCAACAGUGAGGCAUCACUUUGUCUGCAUUCAGUUAGGCAGCAUAUGAAGUCAUAUGCAGCGAGGAGUUCACACACACAUUUAACCACAAUACUCUGCACUAGGAAGAUGGCAGCUGCCUUGUCGGAGGAGCAGUUUCGCUGCGCCAUCUGUCAGGACAUCUUCACCGACCCAGUCUCCAUACCAUGUGGACACAACUACUGCUUCGAGUGCAUCAAACGCUUCUGGGACACCAAGAACAACAAGUGCUGGUGUCCACUGUGCAAAGAGGCCUUCAAAAGCCGCCCAGACCUCAGGAUCAACGUUGACCUAAAAGACAUCACGGAUAAAUUCAAAAGGUCACUGCGGAAACCAACCCCAACCAAAAGAGUCAUUCCGAGGCAGCACUCCAAAGAAGUCUUUUGCGACAUGUGCAACGACACCAAGCAGACGGCGAUCAAGUCCUGUCUGGACUGCAAGUUGUCCUUCUGUGAAGAACACCUCGUACUUCAUCAAAAAGAUCUGGUGACAAGCACACACUGGCUGACGGACCUGGUCUCCUUUGACAGCAGUCACCUCUGCAGGCAUCACAACAAAGUCCUGGAGUUAUUCUGCAAGACCGACCAGACGCCUCUGUGUGUGAAAUGCUCGGAGCACAAGCACAGACAUCAUGAGUUCAUCCCUCUAGAGAAGGAGAUUAAAAAAAUCAAGGGCCAGAUGAAGAAGACGGAAGCUGAGUUUCAGCAGUUGAUUCAGCAAAGGGUUGGAAAGAUUGAGGAGAUCAAGCAGGCAGUGGAGCUGAGCAAGAUAUUCAAAGAACAGGAAGUUCAAACCGGCGUGGAAGCCAUUUCGAGGGUCAUCAGUGACAUCGAACUGAUUCAGAACAUGUUGAUAGAAGAGAUUCAGCUGAAGCAGGACGCGGCUGAGACCAAUGCCCAGGGCUUACUGAACGAGCUGGAUCAGGAGAUCUCGGUGCUGGAGAGGAGACGCGGCGGUCUGCAGAAGUUGGAGCGCACCAACAGCCCUCUCCACCUGCUGCAGAGCUAUCCCUCGCUCAGUAUUCCACCUCUGAUGGAGGACUGGACCAAGGUUCAUUUCCAAUCAGACAACCACAUCGGUGCUGUGAGGAGGGCGAUGUCCAAGCUGGUGGACGUGUGUCAGGAAAUUGAGAAGAAACUGUUGGCUGAGGAGAUCAACAAGACACAGAACUACGCAGAGGACAUGACUCUGGACCCAUCUACGGCGGCAGGAUGGCUAGUUCUGUCCACUGAUGGGAAGAAGGUUAGCGUCAACACCCAUUCCAGGAGGAUGAGCAUACCCGACGACCCGCGCCGCUUUGACUCGUGUGUGUCAAUUCUGUGUCGGCAAAGCUUCACAUCAGGAAAACACUAUUGGAUUGUCCAGGUGGGGGAUAAAACAGACUGGGAUCUAGGCGUGGCCCGGGAGUCCAUCAACAGGAAGGGAGCCAUCACCGUCCGACCAGACUGUGGUUACUGGGCAAUCUGUCGCCGAAAAGGAGGCAGCCUGAGCGCCUGUGCUGGACCCUCCGUGCCCCUGCAGCUUCAGGAGACACCCCAUAAAGUGGGUGUCUUCCUGGAUAUUGAAGAAGGGAUUGUGUCCUUCUACAACACUGAAGCAAAGACCCACAUUUACACCUACACAGGAUGUGGCUUCUUUGAGCCAAUCUACCCGUAUCUGAACCCCUGCCUCCAUGAUAACGGCAAGAACACGGCCCCAUUGAUCAUCUGUCCUGUUGAGGACACGGAGAUGGCUGGCUUUUGAUGGACUCUGUUGCUCAGUGCUGAUUUUGUUCACGUGUAAAUAUUGUAAAGUUAUUUUUCCUAUUUUGUACAUGACCUUUGAACCAAGCCAGAAAGAUUUCCUAAGGCACCAUGUUAUAUGCAACUUUGAGGAGAACUGUUCGAACAGAAAAUGUAAGCAAUUGAUUGAACAGUUACUGAUGGCCGAAUACCUCCCUCCACCUCACCAUACACAUCUGAGUCCUCUGUGAGUAUAGAGAGAGGUGGACAAUCUCUCUUUUUAAGUUCUAUGUUGUCUUGUUUGCAUUCAUAGCAGGUGUCUGUUGUUGAACCAUGUGAUGGUCUGUGACUCUUCUGUGAAGGUUAGCUUGUGAAGUUUGCCUUGGUACGUGACUGGAGAAGAUUCACUUGUCACCAUCAUCAGGUUUGAAUGUAACUUAAUUUGCAUACCAAGAGUGAUAAGCCCUGGAGCACUAGCAUUUUUAGAGCAUGCUCACAAGAUCAACAUCUACAUUUUGGAAGAGUCAAAGAGAAGAUGCCUUUGCAGUUGCCACGUGUGCCAGGGAGGUCAGAUUGCUCAUUGUCAUCGGAAAACUGCUGAUGUUGCCUUACCAACACAUGCCGCUGAGUUUCAGAUGCUUUCAAGAGUAAUUCUGUUAUCCAUACGUAUUUUAGACUCUUAAACCAGUUUGGAACAUUCAUGCUGUUCUUUGACAGCAACCUGAUCUGACCACACCAGGGCACAUUUUGCUUUAUUCAUUUGAUGCACGUGUAAUGUUCUGUAUUCUUUUUCACGUGUACAUUUUAUUGCCAA